GGGAUGCUAGCAGGAGAGCUUCAACAUCAUCAUCUUCAUCACCGUGCAUCACCGUCACCACCAUCAUCACCGGGAGUGGAGGGAGAGAGGAGCAGCAGCUCUCCGUGGGCUAAAAAGUUCAGCAGGAUCCGGUUUAAUAACGGAGCACCGGAGGGGCUCGUGCCCGGCGUUAACCCGGGAUAAUCCACCUGACACGGUUGAUUUCUACUCCGGACUCCAUGGAAACAGAUCCGCCGGUUUUGAAGGGAUUUAUUGUGUAUUUAGCGGAUCACUCGGUGCUUUCAAGGAUCGCUCUCUCAAAGAUCCCCGGCUCUGAAACUAAUCACGUUCCGAAGGGAUCCCCGGUUUGUUUGUCUUCCGGCGGAUUCCCGGGCUUUGAAUUGAUCACUUCGUGUUUGAUCCGAUCUGUGACGUUUUAAAAUGACCCCCCAGAUGUUUGUUGUGACGGAUUCCAGCUGGCUCAACGGAUCGAUAACCGCUUUCUGACUCUGCUGAUCUCCACAACGGAUUCCUGCGUUUCAAUUGUGUUUUAACGGCUUUCUGACGCCAGCGUAGCGGAUCCCCGGACGGUCCCGGGUCGACUUGACGAUCCGCCGACCCCGGUCCCCUCCCCGGUGAUAAAGAAGAAAGAGGAGGGAGGAGGAGAAAGCGCAGGUACACAGCAGGUAAAAAUAACGGCUUCAGCAGAAAAAGCGCGGCUCUCCUCGGGACUGAAGCAAGUCUCCCUGAUAACGGAUCACCACCGGGAACCCGAGGGAGCGACCCGGAUCUCACCGGAGAGAAGUUACCGGAGGACCGGAGGACCGGAGGACUUGAUCUGGAUCUUCACCGGCUACAUUAGACAUUUUCACGGACCGUUAAUGACCAGCCUCCAUUAUUACAACCAGGCUGAUCUCAUUAAAGGAAGGACCGACUGACUCUUUGUCUGUUUUGGGAUCCACUGAAUAACUAGAUUCCGGGGUAUCAAUCAUUUUAAUCCAUUUUCAUCCAUCAGUCUUCUGAGCUGGAAAGCUGGGAUCGUUCGACCCCGUGGAGUACCCGAGUGAAUUAUCUCCUCCACGGUGAAAUAAACCCACAUGCUGGCCGUAAAUUAUCCACUUAACCCCCUCAAGAGAGAGAGAGGGAGAGAGACAUAGACCGAGGCUGCAGUGAGAGAGUGAGCCCCUUUAUUAAACACCAAGUAAAAGCUCAUUUAACGUGACGCUUCUGAUGUAAAAGCAUAAAACAAGUAGAAAAAUCUCCUUUAUCGUCCUGCAGUUAUCAGAUAAUUAAUAAUUAAUUAAGCAAAGAUUUGUGUGGAAAAAGGUUUGAAUAUAUGAUAAAUGUAGUAAACACAGAUUUAAUCCGUUUGAAUCUUGACUUUAAUAAAAUUCGGUCGGUCAUUUGUUGUCUGUUUUGAUGUAAAGAAAAAAAAAGUCCUGAGUCCUCAUCUGACUCCAAACUGAAGUGUAAUCAAAAUCAUCUUAGAGAUCCUUGUAGUGCAUCUGUGGCUCCUAAUACUGACCUUAAUGUUCAGUAAGGCAUUUUCAUUUCCCACUGUAUCAUAAUAAUAAUCCCAUAAUAGUCCGGUAGGGGUUUAUUCAUGCUUCAUUGCAGGACUGGAAGAGCUUUAACUCUGAAGAAAUUAACUUUAUGACAACCUGGGGACAAAAACCUGCUGCUUUAAAUCUCCUGUGUGGUUUAAACUUCAGGUUCAGGAUCUCUGUCUUGGAUGCAUGUUGAUCAAAUGAUGGAUUCUGAAACUUGAAAUGAGGAUUUUGAUUAUUCAAAAGUGAAUUUAAAGCCUAAUUUGAUAACAAAUCUGUCUAAAUAGUGACUUCAUCUUCAUUGCCAGUGCAAAGGGUCUUAACAAGGCUUUAUUCCCAGCCUGACUCCUCAGCCUGUGGUGGUUCAGAGUCUAUCUUACCCUGCUGAUUAUCAGGGAAGGUCUAUGGAUGGUACGCUCACUGUAUAGCCACAUCCUCAACAGCAUACCUCCUCCUCCUCCUCUUCUUCCUCAGCCUCCUCUAGAACUUGAAAUCGAGCCAUGCAGCAUUGAUUUUUGUUCUCCUCACCGCAAAACCGAAUCGCACACGACCAUCUCCUCCUCUCCGGUUUGUCAGUUUUGUUGCCUGACAUGUGAGCCGUGCCGCAGGGUUGAUUUUCCACCCCGAGUCGGAGCUGAAGGACGUUCAUAACGGUCCAGCAGCGGUGAGGUCAGGGUUCAGGAUUUGUGUCAGGAUCACAGACUGGAGGCUUGACGGACUGAAAACUGGAGUCUUUGGGACUGUUUUUCACAUUGAAUCUGUAAACCAGCUGGAAUCUGACCUGAGCAUAAAUGAAUGUUUUUCUGACCCUGAACCUUGAGGACAUUUCUUUGACGUUUGAGUGACACUUUUAGUUAAAUGGGACUAAACGACAGCAGCCCAGGCGCCAUGCGGAAUGGCCGCGGCCUCUCGGACCAGUGGGCGGAGUCGGUGGUGGUCCGGCCUCGAACCACCGAGCGCCACAUCACGGUGCACAAACGGCUGGUGCUGGGCUUCGCCCUGUCCAUCCUCACCCUCAUCAUCGUCACGGCGGUGGCUGUGGUGCUCAGCGUCCGCUUCGAGGAGUGCGGCGGACGAGAUCGUGAAGGAGCCACGGGGGAGUCGGGUUCGCGAGGAGGCGGAGGGUCGGCAAAGUUGAACGGCAGCAGAGGGGAGAGGACGGGGGAGAGGGGGGACGAGGAGGCGGCCCAGCCGUGGAGGAACUCGCGGCUCCCGGGUUCGGUGAGGCCGCGGCACUAUGACCUGCAGCUCGCCGUCUACAUGGACAACUUCACCUUCUCCGGGGAGGUCAGCAUCGAGCUGGAGUGCAUCAACGCCACCCGAUUCAUCGUGCUGCACACUGACCGCCUUGAGGUGGACCGGGUGUCCGUCACGGCGGAGGGCGGCGCCGGCGGCCGUCCCGCCAACAGGCCCGGGGGCGGAGCCAUGCGAAUCCACCGCCACUUCCCCUUCCCGGCCAAUCAGAUGUACGUCGUGGCGCUGCACCGCGAGCUGAAGCCGAUGAGGGUUUACCGGCUGAACGUGAGCUACGACGCCGCCAUCGAGGAUGAGCUGCUGGGCUUCUUCAGGAGCUCGUACACCCUGCAGAGAGAGAGACGUUACCUGGCGGUGACUCAGUUCAGCCCCAUCCACGCCCGGAAGGCCUUCCCCUGCUUCGACGAGCCCGUCUACAAGGCCACGUUCUCCCUCACCCUCCGCCACGACCCGCAGUACACCUCGCUGUCCAACAUGCCCGUCGAGGGCAGCUCGCUGUCGGACGAAGACGGCUGGGUGACCAAUCGCUUCGCCCGCACGCCCCACAUGUCCACGUACUACCUGGCCUGGGCCGUCUGCAACUUCACCUACAGGGAGACGCAGAGCGACGGCGGCGUGACGAUCCGUCUGUACGCUCGGCCGGAUGCCAUUUCUAGCGGAGCUGGAGACUACGCCCUCCACAUCACCAAGAGGCUUCUGGGAUUUUACCAGGACUACUUUAAAGUUCAGUACUCACUGCCCAAGCUAGACUUGUUGGCGGUGCCCAAACAUCCCUACGCCGCCAUGGAGAACUGGGGCCUGAGCGUCUUCGUGGAGCAGAAGAUCCUGCUGGACGCCGAGGUGUCGUCGUCAUCCUAUCAGAUGGAGCUGACCAUGGUCGUCGUCCACGAAAUCUGCCACCAGUGGUUUGGUGAUCUGGUGACCCCGGUCUGGUGGGAGGACGUCUGGUUAAAAGAAGGUUUCGCUCAUUUCUUCGAGUACGUCGGCACCGACUUCCUCUUCCCAAAGUGGAACAUGGAGAAGCAGCGCUUCCUGACUGAUGUCCUCCACGAGGUGAUGCUAUUGGAUGGGCUAAGUUCCUCCCACCCGAUCUCCCAGGAAGUGGAGCAGGCGACGGACAUUGAUAGAGUCUUUGACUGGAUCGCCUACAAAAAGGGGGCAGCGUUAAUCCGGAUGUUGGCUAAUGUGAUGGGACAGUCGCUGUUCCAGAAAGGACUCAAUGAUUAUCUGCUGAGUCACAUGUACAGCAACGCAGCCAGAGAGGACCUGUGGAGCAAACUGUCUCAGGCCAUGCGUUCAGAGGGGCGGGACAUCGACAUCGGAGGCAUGAUGGACAGGUGGACUCUCCAAAUGGGCUACCCCGUUGUUACCAUCAGCAAGAACCAAUCCGAGCAGCUCCCCACUCAUUACAUCACCGUCAGCCAGGAGCACUUCCUGUAUGGACAGGAAGUCAGAAACAACAACAGCCUCCAGUGGCAGGUGCCAUUGACGGUCGCGGUGGGAAAUGCGUCCGCUGUUGGUUCAGAGAGCCUCAUCUGGAUCAACAAUAAGACAGAAACCCACAGGAUUGGUCAAAUGGACGACAAAACCUGGUUGCUAGGUAACAUCAACCAGACAGGCUACUUCCGUGUGAACUAUGACCUCCAGAACUGGAAACUGUUGAUACAGCAGCUUCACAACAACCCUCAGAUCAUCUCCGUUGGAAACAGGGCAGGACUUAUCGACGAUGCCUUCAACCUGGCCAGGGCUGGGUACCUCCCACAAGGCGUGCCCUUGCAGCUGAUUGGCUAUCUGCCGGAGGAGACGUCCUUCCUGCCGUGGCACUCCGCCAGCCGAGCGCUCUACCAGCUGGACAAACUGUUGGACCGCACGGACGAAUACAGCCUGUUCAGUGACUAUGUGCUGAAGCAGGUUGCGUCACGGUACCAUCAGAUGGGUUGGCCAACAAACGGCCCCGGCAACGAGGGCAACGUGCUGCAGGCGUCCUAUCAGACUGAGGAGUUACAGAGAGAGCUCAUCAUGCUAGCGUGUAGCUUCGGGAACAAGCAGUGCCACCGUCAGGCCGUCGCCUACAUCUCUGACUGGAUCUCCAGCAACAAGAACAGGAUUCCUCCGAACAUCAGAGACAUAGUUUACUGCACUGGGGUCAGCCUGAUGGACGAGGACGUGUGGGAGUUCAUCUGGAUGAAGUUUCACUCGUCCAACGCCGUUUCAGAGAAGAAGAUCCUGCUGGAGGCUCUGACCUGCUCGGACAACGUCUUCCUCCUCAACAGGUUACUGAACCUGUCUUUGACCUCUGACCUGGUCCCAGAACAGGAUGUGAUCGACGUCAUCAUCCACGUGGGCAGAAACCCUCAAGGUCGAAACCUCGCCUGGAAAUACUUCAGAGAAAAGUGGGACGUCCUCAACGCUCGUUAUGGCGAAGCCUUGUUCAUGAACUCAAAGCUUAUCGGUGGAGUCACAGAGUUCCUGAACACUGACAAAGAGCUCAACGAGUUAAAGGAGUUCAUCCAGUCCAGCGGCGUGUCGGCGGGCCCUGCGUUGCCGCGGGCGCUGGAGAUCGUUGAGGGCAACGUGCGCUGGCACCGCCUCCACCGGCGGCAGUUCUACCAAUGGCUGCGCAAACCGCCGAGCCCCGCCCUCGGCUAACGCUACACCUGCUAGCAAGAGUGAAGCGACUGCAGACUGACUGCUAAGCUAAAGCUAAUGCACUGCUAGCUUACAGAUGCAGUCAGAGAGAGUGAAAAAAAUGAGUGAAUGAAGAGAAAGACUGACUCGACUGGUUAUUCAGCUGUUUCGUCUACUGGUUUUGCUCUUAAAGAAACGUGUUUUCAAACUUUUUAUUUCGGAUGGAUUAUUUGUGUGGCUGAUGUGGUUAAACUGGUUUCUGCGCUGUGAAAAAGGCAAAUUUAGGUAACCGAAGCUUGUAGCUAGCAGUCACGAAUUGAGAAAUUGCUAGCUAGCAGGUAGCCUCAAAACCAACACGUUACAGAUAUGAUCAGAAAAUUAAAUGAAACGCAGUAGUAGAUAAAUGUUGUUGAAUACAGUUGUUUCUUGACUUAAAACCCAACACUAUGUUCAGGAACUUUUCUGUAAACUACAAAAUAACCAACUUAAUACAUUAUCAAUACAUAAUUAAGAGUUUGUGGAACCUUCCAGACAUACAUGAAACACUGAACGUCAGAGGUUCGAUAUGCAACCUCAGCUAAGGUGUUUGGUCAGGUGACACAGGUGUUGACACUGUCUCCUCAGCAUCACCUCCGCAAGGCAGCGACCUGACCUGCUUUUCUGGGCAGCUUCUCACAUCUGAGCUAAAGGUUUUCACAGGUCUGACAGUCAGAACCUGACCAGAACAGAACCUUUGACCGUCCAAUUUGAACCUGAAACUGAGCUGAAAUUAGCCAAACAAUCCAGCGAAAACAUCCAGACCAAAAUGUAUCGCUCUGAAAGGAUCAAGCACAAUCUCUAACCCGUCAAAAGACAUAUUCACACCUGCAAUUCUCUGCAUUUUGAUUGGCUGACUAAAGAUGAAGCUUGUGUUUUCCGCCCCUCUCGGCUCUAAUCCAAAGUCCUCAACAACCAGAGAGCUAGAGCGGUUUAAACCGGACCUGCCUGUAUUCGCUACAUUAAACCAGCUGAGAGCCACAUCCAGCUUCCCCAGCAGUCAGCUGCAUGUCGAUCACUGAACAGAGCUGUAAUUAACACUACAUGGACUGUAUGUCCUCUGAUCACAGCUCUCAGAGGACUCGUUCAAACUCAUUAACUCUCCUCAGCAUUCAAACGGCUUCUGCUCGAGUUUAAAAAGCACAUUUGUUUUUCUUCGGAUCAAAAACUGCAGCAGUUUGGAAAAUAUCAGCGGGUUUGGGAAGCUUUUGCCGGGGCCUCGCUUCAGAAAUGUACUUUGAAUAUAAAAGCUAAUAAUAAACCACAGAGAAUGCCACAUGAGGAGGAGGCACUGAAAGGUGGUGACGCUGUGGUGUGUUCGGUGGUUGAACCAGUAGAGCCGGAAAGCAUUUAAACAGCCUGAAGGGAAAACAAAUUAACAAGAUGAAAAAGUGCUCACGUAUAAAAGGCAGGUUGGUAUGUGGCAAAGGUGGAAUGGAGACUGAAUCUGACUUGACAAACUUGAAAUUGAAUCAACAAAAACUAACCCAUGAAUUUACACAUGAAUAUCCUGGUUUACAUUUCCCAGUUUCUGUUUGAGAAGUAUGUAACUGUGUUGUCUAAAGGGAUUAUUGAAAUACCAAAUAAAUAAACUGAUGCAGUCAGAGGAAACAGGAAAGGAAAAUAGGAAAGAAAUAGAAUGAAUUUUAAACGAGGACAUUUUAUUUCAUCUACAUGGUUACAAAUAAAGACAAAAAGGACAAAGACGAGACACGAGUCUUUCUUAGUUUCUUCUAACAGGUAUUUUCUUCUUAGCUAUCUGUUGUUGAUUUUACUACUGAGAGAAACAAAUGAGACAGAAUCGUCACUAAAUUAGAAAGUAUGGUCACAUGAUCCAGGACCCUCAAACACCAAACAUAGCUGUGUCAAAAAAUCACUCCCUUCGUCACUCACUAACUUUUCUUCGUACCAUUUAACAUGAUUUCAUGUCAAGUUGCAUCGGCCAUCAUCAUAGACAAAGCCUUGAAUAAUGGAGUUUUUAGCCAAAACUUAUUCUCUGUUAUUCUAAUUUCAUUGUGGGACACUACAAAGUACAAACUAUACAUUUACAACUCAAAGCGAAGUGGCAGAAAGCAAACAAAAAUGACACAGCUCAUGUUAAAAUCGUUUCCCCAAACCCCACCCACAGGAAAUCUCUCAGCCAAUGAACAUACUCGUUAUUUAGUGACCAACUCCUGAGAGUCGUGGGACUAUAACACUGACAGACCACCUUUCAGACUGAGAGUAAAAAUUUGACCAAAUGAAAACUCAGCAGAUCUCUGUGGUUUCAUAAAGCACAAAAAAAGAAAGUUGUUGGAUGAAGUACUUCAGCCUCGGCUGCUGGGUGGGAAGAUAUUUUUUAGCCAAUCAGUGGUUAGCUUUUAGUCAGUCCUUUUUUCUGUCCCCAAAUGUAUGAAGAAAUGAGUGGAUGUUAGCAAAAUUCGGACAAAGAACUGGCCAAAAAGACACCUGGGAUUAUCUGAGUGUCACUAUAUGCAGAUGAUGUGGCUUUUUAAAUGAGACUGUUCAUAUGCGGACAUGACAAGUUCAUCAUCAGUGGACUUGUACAGCUUGUGUGACACGAUUGGACAUAGUUUAGGAAUUUACAGCAUGACAGAUUCUGCAGCAUGAUGGACUUGUGGCGUGAUACAAGUCAGCAGCGCUGUAAACUUCACAGGGUGGUGGAUUCUACGGAGUGAUGGAUUGAUGGACCUCACAAGGCAUUGAACUUUAAGGAUUGAUGGAUUCUAACUGCAACGGAUUCUUCAAUGGACAGCUGGCGGGACGGAAUUUACUGCUUGAGUCCUGCAGUGAGAUCUAUUCUGGUGCAACAGACAAAAAUGAUCUCCACAGUUUGACAGAUGUGAUGGCCCGAUGGAGUCGUCAGUGCAACAAAUCCUACGACACAAAUGACUCUGUAACAGUGUGACAGAAAGUAUGACGGACUCUGCAGGUCAACAGAUUUUCAGCAUGGAUUGUACAGUGUAAUGGGCUCUGCAGUGCUGUGGAUGUUACAGGCUGUGGAGGCCUGCCUUCCCCCUCAGAGUUUUAAAUGUAAAUGUUACUGACUUGAACUGUGGAGUCUUGGAAAUGAUGAGCUGGACACCGAAUGAUUUUUUGAGGGCCAACUUGGAGACUUUUAAGAAUAUUGGAAAAGGACUUAAAAUGAAUCAUAAUGAACUUCUGAAAGUCUGGUGCAUUGACCCUCCGUCCUGUUCAACAGACUUUUUGAAGUUAUUCCUCUUCUGUUAGAUCCGGCUUUGAUGUUAAUAAUUGAGCCAUAUAUGAAUUAAUGGGCCUGCCUGCUUCUGUACACUGUGUGUGUGUGUGUGUGCGUGUGUGUGUGUGCGUGCGUGUGUGACUGUGAGUGUGUGCAUGAGUAAGUGUGUGUGUGUGUGUGUGUGUGUGUGUGUGAGUGAUGAGGAUGAUGAUGAAGAUAACAGCAGGACUGAUGGCGAUGAUGUCUGCUGUGUCAGUCUUGAUGAUUAAGAUUAUGAUAAUUAAAAUUAUUGUGAUUAUGAUCAGGACUGAGGACGGUGAUAGGUUUAAUGAUGAUGGUUGAGUCAGUAAUUGAUGUGAAAAAGCUAAUCAGUGUUAUUCUAAUUAUUAUGCUAAUUAUUCAAUGCAUUUUGAACCUGUAUUGUCCUGUCAGGGAAAUUAGCUUUAUAGACAUAAAGCACACAACAAAUCUGCCCCAUGUAAAUCACACAAUGUUUAAAAUUAAAGUGCAGAACUUGAAGAUGUUGAAGCAGAUGAAAUCGGCGUUCAUGAUGGUUAUGAUCACAAUGAUGAUGGUGACGAUGAGGUAAUGACAGUGACGGAAACAGGAAGUUGCAGAGCUGAGUUUAAUCCUACUUCCUGUUUGCACUGCUGUGGUAUCCUGUGUUUUCUGAUUGGAUGAUA